UCUCAAGGCAAAUAUACUUAUAUAUUUGAUUUACAGAGGGAGAAAAAAGAAUUGAAAAUGGAGGAUAUGCCGCCUGGUUUUCGGUUCUACCCAACUGAAGAAGAGUUGAUUUCGUUUUAUCUCCAUCACAAGCUAGAAAGUGAGAGGCAGGAUUUGAAUCGUCUUAUGGAUCGGGUUAUACCAAUUGUCAACAUUUAUGAGUUCAAUCCUUGGGAUCUUCCACAAUUGUCGUUGUACCUAUGCCACAAGGACCCUGAACAAUGGUUCUUUUUCAUUCCAUGGCAAGAGAGUGAAGCACGGGGAGGAAGACCAAAGCGGCUAACAACAACAGGGUACUGGAAAGCUACUGGCUCUCCGGGUUGUGUUUAUUCUUCCACCAAUCGCCCUAUCGGCGUAAAAAGAACCAUGGUUUUCUACAAUGGAAGAGCUCCGAACGGAAGAAAAACUGAGUGGAAAAUGAAUGAAUACAAAGCCAUCGUAGAAGCAGCAGCUUCAUCUAAUGGUGCAACUCCAACUCUGAGGCACGAAUUCAGCUUGUGCCGGGUAUAUAAGAAAUCGAAAUGCUUACGGUCAUUUGACAGGCGACCACCAGCAGGAGGAGCUCAGAUACGCGACCCAGCAGCUGAUAAUCAAGGUCAAGCUGCUGUUGGAGCAGCAGCAGCAUGUCAUCAGAGCCCUCAAAUGGCAGAGAGAACCAUCAGCUCACCAGAGAGUUCAUCCUCAGGCGAUCAUGGGAAUCCUUCUCAAACUGGGGAAAGCAGCAACUCAUCAGCAAUGGUAGUUGAUUAUAAUGAUCCUUUCUGGGAUCUUCUUGAUGGCUUCUAGGAUUCCACGAAGUAAAGAGAGAGACUUUUGAAGCUCAAGCUCAAGCACUACUCUCCAAGCUGACUUUGCAUGGGUGGCGCAAACCAAAAUGAAAAUUAACUUGGAGAGUAGUGCUUUCUCUCUCUCUCUCUCUCUCUUUUCCAGUAUUUGUCUUCAUCUUUUUCCUCUAAAUCAAUAAAAGAGAAGGGAAGACAAGUUGAAGUUUCAGAAAUAGCUUAAAAUAUUAUUGAAUUUAGGAAGGAGAAGUAGCAGAAAUAGGGAAAGAAAACUUCAAUUUUA